CCGAUGUCACACACACCCUUCACACGGGUAACAACGGGGGCACGUGUGGUGCCAGCGCGCCAUCCCCUCAUUUCUCGCAAAAUACCGGAUUUGUUGCAACCAUGGAGGAUGGAUCUUCAGCCAAGGGAGAAUCAACCUCCCCUUUGGUGGUUCAUGAUGAUCGUUUGGGAAAUGAGGGGCUUAUCCCUCAGAUUUUUCCAUCUGUUCCAGCUCUCAAUGAAGCUGCUACUUAUAUUUCACAGACAACUUCAUACUUGGGUCGCUGCUUCUCCAAUUUUGUUGAGGAAGCUGAAGAUCAUAGCAUGAAUGCACAGGAAUUAGUGGCAUUAUCACCCAGACAUACCAAGGGAUUGCCUUCUAACAAUCCUCAGUCUACAUUUGGGAGCUUUUUCACAUCCCUUGAACCUCCUGCUGCAACCUGCAUUGCCCCACCCAUGCAUGACAGGGGAGCAAAGAGCUCAACAGGAGACUCAUCCCAAAGUACAAACGAACAGGCGGAAUCCACUCAUAAUGUCCAAAAUGGAUCUUCUAUAUUUCAAAGCCUGAUUUCUCGGGCCCGUAAGACCGUCCUCGGAUCAGCACGGGAUAUAGGCUGGCUACAAGGUGCUUCAGCUCCUGUUGAGGAUGGUACUCAAAGAUUCACUGAAUUACUUGACAGCGUAAGGAAUGGUGAGCACAAGUUACCAAAUUCGAUGGUGUAUCUAUUGGUUCCAGGUCUUUUUAGCAACCAUGGCCCACUUUAUUUUGUUAGUACAAAAACGUUUUUCUCGAAGAUGGGCCUGGCCUGUCAUAUUGCCAAGAUUCACAGCGAGGCUUCUGUUGAGAAAAAUGCCAGAGAAUUAAAAGAAUACAUCGAGGAAGUCUACUGGGGCUCCAGGAAACGCAUCAUGGUUCUUGGACACAGUAAAGGCGGAGUAGAUGCUGCAGCUGCCUUGUCCAUGUACUGGUCUGAUUUGAAAGAUAAGGUUGCUGGGCUGGCAUUACUGCAGAGCCCGUAUGGAGGUAGCCCAAUUGCCUCGGAUAUCUUGCGGGGAGGGCAGCUUGGAGACUAUGUUCAAUUACGGAAACUCAUGGAGAUCCUGAUAUGUAAAGUGAUCAAGGGCGACAUGCAGGCGCUAGAGGAUCUAACUUAUGAGAGAAGGAAGGAGUUCUUAAGCAAACACCAGAUUCCUAAGGAAUUGCCUGUUGUGUCAUUCCACACAGAGGCCAGCAUUGCUCCUGCGGUUCUUGCGACCCUGUCCCACGUGGCACAUGCAGAGCUCCCUCUAGUUUCGCCCCUUGCCGCAGGACAACCCACCAAAGUCCCAGUGGUCAUGCCUCUUGCGGCUGCGAUGGCUGCAUGUGCACAGCUACUUCAGAUCAGAUAUGGAGAGAAGAGCGACGGGCUUGUCACACGGCGGGAUGCAGAGGUCCCUGGGUCCGUUGUGGUCCGGCCAGAGCGUAAAUUGGACCAUGCAUGGAUGGUGUAUUCAUCCUUGAAUGACGACCCAGGUGAAGCGGAUGCUUCUCAGGUGUGUGAGGCUCUUCUAACAUUGCUUGUGGAGGUUGGACAAAAGAGGAGGCAUGAAAUUGCCAUGAAAGAUGAAUAAAAAUAACAUAUGGUAGCUCCUCCAUGGUCUGCCAUUUGGUCUUUGGAAAGAACGGGAAUAAGAAUAAAUUAAAGUUUUGUUAAUUUUAUCUGUGAGGGUAUUUUGGAAGGGAGCAUGGUUUGUUUUUGUGAUUA